CGAAAAUACAAUUAAUUGAUUUUACAAUUAAUCCAUUAUCAGAUAAAAUGGAAGGAUUUAUGGGUGAUCAUUUACGAUUAAAAUGUGAAAUUUUAAAUGAUAAUGAAAAACAGACUGUACAAUUUUUUAUUAAAAAACAGAUAUCUGUUCGAAACGAUCAAGAAAAACAUUUAGUUGAUUCAUUUAAAACAACAGUGACCUAUAAUAAAGAAGCCUUAUUUUAUCAAAUUAUCAAUGAUAAUAAUAAUUUACCAAUUAAUUGGGGUGCAAAACAUUUUCAAUUUGAAAAAGAUGAAACUUUGUUAAUUUUGGAGGAUAUCAGUGUUCAUGGCUUUAUGUUAGGAAAAAUAGAAAUAUUCGAUUUAGAUCAUUGCAAAAUGGGAUUAAAAGCUUUAGCACGUCUUCACGCAUUUAGUAUACAGUUGGAAAAUGAAAAAUGUAAAGAUAAUCCAAAUUACAAUAAUCAUUACCAUUCACAUCCAGCGGCUUUCGAUGAAGCUUUAUUUUCGUAUCGAAAUCAAUAUGCAGCCGGAUAUAUGAAAGCAAGUCUUCGAUGUUUACAACUAGGUUUUGAUUACAUCCCACAUUUAUCAAUGGAUGAACGUAUAGAAAUGAAAAAGAAAAUAAAAAAUGUGCUUAUUGAUUUUGUUGAGCUCUUUGAACAACCAUCAAAAAAAUUUCAAAAUGUAUUUUGUCAUGGAGAUCUCUGGCAUAAGAAUAUAAUGUUUAAAUACUCUGACGAAACACCAAUCGAUUGUAAUUUUGUAGAUUUUCAAGAAUUACGUUAUUUACCUGGGGCACACGAUAUGCUCUUUUUCAUUUAUGUUAAUACAACUCAAGAAUUUCGUAAAGAAAAUUUAUACAAAUUAAUAGAAUAUUACUAUGAAGAACUGUAUAAUGAAAUAAAAAAGAUUGGAUUGAAUCCACAUGAAAUUUUACCAUUUUAUGAUUUCACUCAAUCUUAUGCACAAUUCUAUCCAGUGACAAAGAUCAUUCAAGUAAUUUACAAACAAAUACAUAAUUUAGGAGAUGAAUAUCUUUCGGAACAAUUUAAAUUAAAAUCGGACGGAAUAGAAAUAAUUUUAGGUAAUCGCGAAAAAUUCAUAAUACCAGCAUAUGAGAAAAAUAUGAACAAUUACAUCGAUAAAAUGAAUCCACUGUAUGAGGAGUUGAUUGAAUCUUUACUUAAUCCAAACUUAGUUCGAGAAGAAUGUUAUGACAUUAUUCGAAGAAAAAUCCAUACUAAUAGUUACGUUUUAAAAAAUUAUCAAGUUUUACCACAUCAUUCGAAAAACUUAUUAAUAAUUACAAUUUCAUUGAAUGAAACGAUUACUGACUUGAAAUUUUUUAUGAAAUACUUAAAUGAUGACUUUAAUAGAAAAGAAGUUUUUAUUUAUCAAAUAUUAUCACUUAAUAAUUUAUUAAGCAACACUGAAGUCAUGAGCUUAAUCAAUCAAGUGAUGCCAAAAUGUUAUUACAGUGUUAACGCAAGGACGAUUGUACUCGAAAACUUAGAAGAAAAUGGAUUCAAACAUGUUGACACUUUAGACUACCAAUCAGUGAACACAGUUAUUAAAACUUUAGCGAAAUUUCAUGCAGCUUAUUUAAUUUUGGAACAGAAGGGUCAAACUGAAAAAGUUCAUAAGUUUUAUGAAUUUUCUGAUAUAACUUCAGAAUUAAAAAAAGAAACAAUUUAUACUAAAUCCAAAAUAGUUUCAGCAGCUUACGAUGGACUUUUAUCUGCUGUUAAUGAAUUAUAUCCAAGUAUGCUGAGUGAGAUAUCAAAACUUCGAGAUAGUGAAGAAAAUUUUGUAAAUUUGUUACAACCAUCAGACACUUAUAAAAAUGUAUUAUGCCACGGAAAUUUAACUUUAGAAAAUAUUAUGUUCAAAGGUGAAGAUCGAAGUGAAUGUCGAUUUGUUGAUUUCAAACAAAGUCGAUUAAUGCCACCCGCUUAUGAUAUUUUAACAUUCUUAUACAUGACAACAACACAAAAUUUCCGAGAUCAAUAUUUAAAUCAAAUUAUUCAAUCAUAUUACAAUUAUUUAACUGAGGAACUACAACGAGCAAAACUCAACAUAACUGAUUUUCUUACAUUUAAUGAUUUUAAAAAUAGUUUUAAUGAAAUAAGUAAAAUUGCGUUACAUCAAGUGAUAAUUUCAUCAGUUUCUGGAAAUGAUAAACGCAAAAAUGUUCGAGAUAAAUUACAAAUUAAAUAUGUGAAAGAGAUUGUCUCUCUAUUAAUGGAUCAUUAUAGAAAUCAGGUUUAGGUUAAUUUUAUAAUAAAAUAUGGAACACUUCAAAGAAAUACUUUAAGUUUGCAG